CGCUCCGCCCAGGUCUAGGCUUUGGGCCUCCGGGUGCAUUGGCCCCCGUAACCCGUGGCGUCGCCCAGCCCCGGGCGCAAUGGACCCCGCGCUGGCGGCAGAGAAAGGCGAGGCGGUGGCCCAGAAGGUGCUCCAGUACCGGCGAGAUGAGUCAGGCUGGAAGAUUUGUCGGGAAGGCAACGGAGUUACAGUUUCCUGGAGGCCUUCUGUGGAGUUUCCCGGGAACCUGUACCGAGGGGAAGGCGUUGUGAACGGGGCACCGGAGAGGGUGUGGGACUUGGUGAAGCCGCUCGUUGGGAGCCUUCGAGCGACGUGGGAUGAGAACGUGACCAGUUUUGAAGUGGUCCAGAGCAUCACGGAUACUCUGUGCGUCACCAGAACCGCCACCCCCUCAGCUGCCAUGAAGAUCAUUUCGCCCCGAGACUUUGUGGACCUGGUGCUGGUCAAGACAUACGAGGACGGGACCAUCAGCUCCAACGCUGCCAACCUGGAGCACCCGUUGUGUCCGCCGAAGCCAGGCUACGUGAGAGGGCGGAACCAUCCCUGCGGCUGCUUCUGCGAGCCCGUGCCAGGGGAGCCCAGCAAGACCAAGCUGGUGACCUUCUUCCAGACGGACCUGAGCGGCCUCCUCCCGCAGAGCGUGGUGGACGCCUUCUUCCCGCGCAGCAUGGCAGGGUUCUACACCAACCUUGAGAAAGCGCUGAGGCGUAUGCCAGCCCCCACCGAGGACACCCGGGACGUGGCUCUGUUCCAGUGACCAGGCACACGGGCCCCCCAGCUCUGGCCUUUCUGGGACACUCGUGUGGUAAGGAAGCCCAGGCCACAGGGAGAGGUCCAGCACGUGUCCACCUCCAGCUGUGUGUGAGAGAGUGGCCUGCCCGGGCUUCCAUCCCCAUGCCUUUGUGCGGCUCCAGCUGACGCCGCCCCGAGCCCCGCUGGCCACGCUGCGGGCGCCUGACAGACCAGCGUGACUGUUUGGGGGAUCAUCAGCCAGUUACAGCUCUGGGAAGGUGUGCAAACAGGGCGUGGGUUUCACAUCCAAUCUCAAUACAUUCACUUUAUUUAAAGCACCUCUGUGUUCGCACUGAGCUGUCUGUACAUAGUUUGCAUCGGCCACCCCACUGCGACUGGCCCUCACUGUAAGGACAGCCCUCAGGCCGAUCCCAGGAGGUCCAGCCUUAGGCAGCAGCCCUGGACGGGGGUGAGCAGUGACCCUGAGAUUUGCGUGCUGCUGGCUCUGCUGUCCGCACUCUGCCUAGGGCUCUCCGGUAGCCGGGGCGCUCCCGGGCUGUGGGCUCCUCCUCCUGAUGAGAACCGUGACCGGCCCAUCGGGCAGCGCUUUGAUGACGCUCCAGGCUUCGAACCGCGUGAGUCCCUGUACCGUGGUGCCGGCCAAUUGCAAGACCUCGUCUCCUGGCUGGACUGUCUCAGUCUGCCCUGAGGCUGCCCCUGGAGGAGGGACAAGGAGACACAGGGUGUGCGGGUGGCAGGGGAGUGAGGCAGGGCGCCCCUACCUGCCACUGGGGAGAAAGGAAGGAGCACAGCUUACCUGUGAAAAUGCGGUUGAUGGUGAGAGGCUUGUCCCCAUGCAGGGAGCCCUUCCCUCCUUCCAGACUGAAGCCCAGCCCUGCUGAGGUCUUCUCCAGCGUUACCGUGUGAACAGUGGCCUCUGCUGCAGAGGAGGAGAUGGGCUCUGUUAGGGCAGCGCUGCUCCUCGGGCCACGAGCCCCUGGCUCAGAGAACCUGGCAGACGCUGCCGCUGAGCUUGCGCGUGUCCCAGCACAGAUGUGCGUCUCGGGCAGCAUGCAGGGCUGCCUGCCUGUGGCUGAGCAGCCCCCCAGGGACAGGGGCGUCAUGGCCCCCGGGGCUUCCGCCAGGCUGGGAGAACUCACUGGAUUCUGCGGAGGUGUCACUGGCCCCAGGGGCCGAGGCUGCAGAGUCCAAGGAGGAGUUCAGGUCGGGGCCGGCCUCCAGCAUCGGCUUCCUGGUGACGAUCACAGCUUGCCUGGGAUCCCGGGCGUGGCGGAGAAUGGCCAGUGCGUCAUUGUGGGUGGCCCCUUUGAGGGAUUUGCCGUUGAUGGAAAGCACCUCGUUGCCCUUCUGGAUAGUCCCCUCCUGGGAGGCCAGCCCAUUGGGGAACACUCUGUGAACCUGGGGAGGCGAAGGAGGUCAGGCGGGCAGCGCCUUCGUCCAUCGAGACCCUCACUGGGGAUCAGAGCCCGUUAGUGCAGCACGCUAGUCGCCAGUUCCUGGGCUGAAGGAAGCAAGGCUGACCGUGUCCUGAGCACGGUCAGCCUCCACCCACACAGUGAGGGUGACAGUGAUGGACACCGUGGCUCCCAGAGUCUCCCCAACCCCACGUCUUAGCCUCUGGGACUGCAACCCGAGUCAGCCUGCAGUUCAAGUCCUCAGGGUGCCUGGUGUACCACAGACCAGUACAGCGCUCGCCCCCGCCCAGGUCCACCUCCCCGUCCUCCCCGUGGGCACAACCAGGACGCCGGCCGCCUCUCCAGGACCUGCCUUCCGGGUCCCCAGUUGCCAGUCGUCUGUCUUCAAGGUCAGCGCUCACAGAUCGGAGCCUCCUGCCAAGCUGAAGCCAAGGCCGGCCCCCUCCUCCUUGUGCAAGACGGUGACAUGGAUGCUGUCCAGUUGCUGCGGAAGGAGAUGGACAGUGGAGAACAUCUUCUCGAGGCAGCACCAACAGUGUAAGGAGUGGGAACGUGCGCCCGAUUCAGUCUGAAACCCGGAUGGCCCGUGCCCUCGUGCCCGCCACCUCCUCAAGCCCGUGUCACCGUCCCUGAGGGAGGGACUGCACUGUGGACUCGUGGGGAGUUCAGAAGGAAGAACGACGUGUGUGAAGCCACCUGGACAGCCCUUUUCUUCUGCCUGCCCCACGCACACGCGUCAGAGCAGGAGUGGGUGUCACCCGGGACCCCAGUGCAUUGGGUCACGCAGCUCUGCCAUUUCGGUCUCUAACUUGGCCUCAGCAAACCCAGGGGUCGGAGCUGUUUGGGGCCGCGGGCUGUCCCUUCUCUCCCCACUGGGAGCCUGGCUGAGCGCCCGCCCCACCACACAGGUGCGGAGGGGCACGCCCGGGUCUGCAGACACGCCCCCGAGCACUCGGGCAUGCGCACUGCGCCGGCACAGCCCCCGCCGGAAGCUAGAGGUCCGCUCUGCUCUCCAUCCCGGCGUCAUCAGCACGCUGGGUCAGGUUGUCACGUCAACCAGAGGGGGCAGAGGUGAGACGGGAGUGACAGGAACUGAGGACGGGAAGAGAGCACGUGGCCCAAGAGGAACAGCCGCACACGGGACGCCAGGCCCCUUGCCAGCAGGUGUUUUCCAUUAGAAAAAGAAGCGGGGAGCCCGUGACAUGUGCUCAGUGGCCCUAUUCUUGAAAGUUUUCGUGCUGGGAGAUCGCCUCACCUGCGUACCCCUGGCUCUGCGGCCCUCUGACGGCAAGUCCCCAGAUCGCAGACUGAUGAGGGACGAGUGGACCUCACCGCCUGCCUCAUCUCCACCCCGGCACUGGCCCGAACCUCACAGCUUCCCCCGAGGGGCAGCUGCCGCGGGAGAGGCCCUUGCAGUUCACACUGCCUCUGCCUCUGGAGAACGGCCCGGGGACUGCGCGGGAGUCACCCCCCGGGCGUCCUGUGUUACUGGCGCACCUGGGCCCCUGAGCUGGGACCACAGCUCCUGUCCCAGCCUGGACCGUUUCCGGGUAAAGUGCCGCCGGCCCAGGCAGUGGAGAAGUGAGGCCCCCACGGCCUGGGCUCCUCCGUGCCCGGCGGCCACUUCCUGUCUCACGCCUCUGAGCUGUGUUCAAGGUACGGGAAGUGGGACUUUCGAAAUGACUGGGGCCCUGGGGUCCGUCACCGCUCUGCGGGGGAAGUCCCAGGUGAGAGCUCGGACUCGGCAGCGCCCCCCGUGGACGCACAGGCGGGCUGCACGUGGGACAGGAAGUAGUACCGCCCUGGAGCAGCCUCACCUGAUCUCAAUGAUAGAACCAAAAAGCCCUCAUCAGCCUCCGACUGACAGCUUUUCAAAGCUACAAAUCACCUUCCCUCAGGAACGUCCCACUGUGGCCCUGUGAGACACCCCUCCGCCACCACGGGCAGCACCUGCUCCAGCCCCCUGGAACCUGGGGUGAGGCAGCGGCCUCCCCUGUGGCCUGACGAGGUGACCAGCCUGCUGUUCCCAGGGCCUUCGUCUCGGUGAAGGUGCACAGAAGAGACCCACCUUCAAGGUCGCUUCGUCCAGAACCUUCACCUCCUCGAUGAGCUGCUUUAACUCCUCCGAGCUCAGCAGGGAGAUGACUGACUGGCCGGAAGUAGGGGCGCCGUCGUCGGCCUGCGCGGGCUCGCCGAGGCCCUCCGUGUACUCUCUCAGCUCCGAGAGGCUGUGGCGGGAGAAGCAGCACAGAGCUGGCGCCCACCCACCGCGGAGGGUGCGCACUGGGCCAGCGCGCCUCGUCCUGCCGAACUCAUUGUGGUGCCUGGUGGUCUGUAGGUUCACUUUCUGUCUGGUGUGAGAGGACCACUCCUUUGAUGGACAGCACCACGCUGGGCGGGCCCUCACCCAGAACAACAGGCCCCCUGGUCCUGGGGGCGGCUGUCGCUACCUCCCAAUUUGAAUAGGACAGGGAAAGGGGUGACUCCAGAAGGAACCUGCUGAUGGCCAGGGAGGCCGUGCUGGGGCCCAGUGUCCGCAUCCAGGGGGGACGAACCCAUGUGCAGAGGGGAGGGGCCGGCAGAGUUCCCCAGGGGUCCUUGGGUGGCACAGUGUGGGCCUCCUGAGCCGAGGCGGGCGCGGCCGGGGGGUUUGUGUGAGGGGCUGUCCCGCCCCUUCUCACCCUCAACCGGGUGUCCUGAGGGUGUCCCCGUAACAGGAAGGCUGAACUGCCUCUCCCCCCACACAGACAGACUAGAGGGGGCCCGACCUGUCUGUGGGGAAGUGUGGGCACACUUACUUGAGUGAGAACCCGGUGUCAGUGCUGCUGGCAGCCGGGUCCUGACUGGAUGGGGACCCUGGGGACACCCCUUCCUCGGGGCUGCAGGGCGUCUGGCUGCAGGAGACCGAGGAGGGCAGGCACAGCAGGGACUUCAUGACGGCCGAGGACACCUGGCUGCUGAUGGCGUAGAGCCUGCAGGUCCUGUCGUCGGGCAGCUGCACCUCACAAGACUGCGUCCUGGUCAGUGGGAAGCUGUGUGCCCGAUGGCUCGGCGUCCGGACCGCGGCACCUUGUGACCCCCCAGUCUGUGUAGGCAGCAGGCUCAGGAGAGGGUUUGAGCUGGGGGCCGACUCGGUGCACAGCUGCCCCAGGGGUGGGGUCCCCAACACACCCGGGUCACUGGCCUCUGAGGCCACCGGGGAGCCAGAGGACAGUGGCUCUUGCUGUGGCUGCAGCUGCUCCCCGGUGGGGGGAGACCCUCGCCCCAGGAGGCCAGGACCCCGGCCUCCUUCCUGCCUCCCUGGAGGCCUCACCGCCUCAGCAGAGGGGCUGGGGGGCUGCAGGCUCGGUCUGGGGGCCCGUCUGUCGGGCAGCUGAGGGGAGCCGAAGGUCUCGAAGGAGCUGAUUCUCUGCCUGAUGGAGCUGGAAGCCCGGGCCUGUGGCCCCAGGCGCUCCCUGGGGGCCGGUGUGGGCUUCUCGGAGGGGGCCACUGGCAGCUGCCUGGGCUCUGGAUGGAGAUGCCUCAGCUCUUUCAAGCUUUGGCGAAACCAGGCGGGCUUGGGGGCCACGGGAGGGCCCUUCUUCGCGAUGCUGUGGUCUGCUGGCUUGUAAGCCUUGGGAGCGCCGGUGCUGGUGUCCAGCUUCGGGGAGAGCCCAUCUGGGGGGCCCCGCUCCCUGUCCUCCACGAGGCAGGCGGCGGGCUGCAGCGCUGUGUGGCCGUCACUCAUGAUGGGGCUGAACAGGCUCCUGAUGCAGCCGGAGAUCCGGGCCCACGGGUCCUCGGCCGCACCGUCCAGGCCGCAGUCCACCCGCGCCUGCCGCCGCAGCACGGGGUGCCCGCCUGGGGACGGCCCAGGCCCUGGGGGCAGAGACCAGGCCUACGGUUUGCAUUGCAUCUGAUGGCGUUUUCUGCCUCCGUUCCAGAGCAGGGUGGGGGCAGGGGUGGGGGGGGCAGGACGGCAGGACCAGAGUACAGGUUAACGUCACAGCAUCCUGGCUUCUCAGCGUGGAGAGCAAGUGGUCUGCUGGGCAGCCCGUUUCAACAUGAGGGGCCCGGGAUUCAUAGGGGUACAGGGCCAUCAGCAGGGGUGACACAGUCAGGGUCAUGCUUGUUUUCCCCUCCCCACCUCCAAGGCACCAGGUGCCCCUUUCUCUCUCAUGUGCCUGGUGCACCCCCGCCCAGACCUCUGCUCUGCCUGCACAGACGUGGGCACACUGGCCGCCCCGAGGUGAGGGACGUGUGUCUGCGUUGCCCCCCAAGGGCGCUGAGCCCGUGUUAACUGUGUGGUCUGCCUUCCGCCCCGCAGCCCCUAGCAGCGCCCCUGCGGAUGGGACGCUCCCACCGUGCACGGCACCCACGGUCCUGCUGCCUCAGCCCGGCCGGUCCUCGGCCCUGGGGUAGGAACCCCUUCUCACCUGUCACUGGACUUCGUGCGGAAGAGCCAAGGUCCUACCUGGGCUGCCGCCUCUCCUCCCUGGCUCGGCCUCUGUGGGGGACGCAGCCUGCAGGUCGGCAGCAGGUCCCGGGCCGCAGGCAGUGGCAUGGGGGCCGCCCGCUGCUGUGACUUCCUGCGGUGGCAGCGGUGGCAGCAGCUCACUGGCUUCCUGUGGUGUAAACAGGAAGUGAGACUGUGUCAAAACGGCGGCCUCCCACUGUGCAAGGAGAAGGCAAGUGCUCGGAUCGGGACUGAGGGCGACGUGGGCUCCGUGAGCAGGUGCCCUGCGCUCUGGGCCCCGGUGCUGCCCACGCCCCUCACGUCUGUAGUGACCGUCAGUGACGUCUCCGGUUACACUGGGUGGUGGUGGUAGUGGUGGUGGUGGUGGUGUUUUUUUCCAACAGAAACAAGAGGUAUUAUUUGUUAAGUUAGAAAAGAAAUGUUAUUUGAAUGCAGGAUUGCCGUGUGUGAACGUAUACCCAAUCGGUCUUACAGACACACAUCACAACAGAAGUGACAGCUGACACACCCUCAGGGAGCCCGCAGCCAGGCGACCUGGACGGAGCACACAGGCGGGCACAGGCCAAGGGAGCGAAGGGGUGCAGGGCACACCCACGUGUGUGGCGGGUAAACUGUACAUCGGUGGCCCUGGUCCGGGCGGCCCGGUUGGCUGCCGUCCGGCAAACGGCGAGUUCGCAGCCUCGGUUGCGGGUUUGGUGCCUGGUCAGGGCGCGUGUGAAAGGCAGGCACCUGACUCUCACGUCAUGAUUCUCUUCCUCUCCCCCUUCCUUCUCCUCAGAACGAAGGGGCGCGUCCUCAGGGUGGAUAAAAAUAAAAAGCACCGACCUGAGGUGUUGGAGGAGGGCGGUGGGCAGUGUGUGGGGCUCGGCUUUGGGGCGGCUCUGUGUUCCUCACCGCCCGGCCCUCCUUGGGCUCCGGUUGCCCCCAAACUUCUGUGUAAAAAACGAGGUUCCUGAAGUGCCUGCGUGGCCCACCCCGUAGGCCACACCUUCACCUAAUGUUGUCGCAGGUGAUAUCUGUGUGUACUGUGUAGUGUUUGGGGUUCACCGGCCGCAGAGCGGGCUCUGCUGGGGGGAGAUGAAGCUCCACCGCAUCCCGGGGGCUCAACCCAUCGACACUCAGGAGGGUGAUCCCACCGUAGUCCGUCAUCACGGGGACUCAGGGCUGCACAGAUGGGGGCGCCUCACCCCCGGCUGGGGCUUCGCCGCUGUGCACUCAGGGUCUCCGUAGUUGUUUUCAUCAUUAUUUUUGUUUCAGAUAAAGCUUUUAAUUUUAUUCCUAAAAACCCUUCACACGUUGGACGCCGGGUUCUGUUCAUUUGGGGCCGGUGCUGUGACUGCAGUUCCGGGGAUGGGACUCUGUGCAGGCAGAUGGGACUGUCCUCAGCCUCCCUGUGUGUGUUAGACAGCCGGCGGGGCCGUGGCAGCGGGAGCGGACUUGGUAGGACUCGGGCUGGUACACGGUGUGUUGUGGUUUUAUCACUGGAUCAGCGAGUCCCGCGACGACAGGUGUGGGUUCCUGGGAGGAGAGGCGUGUGGACCGGGGAGCUGGCCGGCAGAGGCCCCACCUUCCCGGUGUCCCGGCUCAGAGGUCGGGCCGGGGACAGCAGAGCCAGACCAGGGCGGCGAGGCUCUGAGACCUGCACGAGGACGGGUGUGCGGGGAUGGCCCUUGGGGCUGGUCUGUGCCAGUGGCUGCCACUGUUAGGCCUCAGUGGCUGGAGAUGGAAAAGGGCCGCAGCUUUUGUGAAUGUUCUGGGUGAGGACUCAGGCUGCUUGGUGUGGUCAUAUCGUUUGUGUGGACGGCCGACACCUGACAAGGAGCGCGGCGUCUGCUCUGGCUGCCUGCUUGAGUGGGGUCCGCCUGAGACAGCGUGGGGCCUUCUUGAGCUAAAGGUGGUCGCAGGUGGGUGAAGUCCUGGGCAGAUUUUGUGGUUGUAGCCCAGGGGGGAACCUGGCCCCCGGAGGUGGGUGUUGUCGGGGCCGAGUGGAAAGGCCCGUUGAAGACCUUCCGGCGUCUCAGACGCGGGCGGGCGUCCCAGGGCCUCGGGGAGCUGCAGCGGCUGCGUCUGGCCCGUCAGGGCUCGAGCGGCACAACGGCUGCAGCUCCUGCUCCUCCUCCCCCAGUGGGUGAUUGAGAAAGAACCGUGGGGGGACGAGCGAGUGUCACCACGGUGAGAAAUGGAAGCAGGCGUAGGAAGUCGGCUGGUGCUCGGGUCUGAGAACGUGUUUCAUGUCGAGGGUUCCCUGAUCGACCGCUGAGUGAUACUGAGACGUAUUCUAGCCCGACAGGGACUUCCAAACGUUUUUGUGUCGUGGUGCUGAAAGUAAGUACUUGUAUUUUUUUGGUAUGCCAGAGAAUUUAUUUUUCACCCACCUGAGAAAGAACAGAUAGUUUCGAUCCAUUCCCACCCGACAGCUGUUGUCCUCUGUCCUGUGGGCCGUGUGGUGCGAGGAACCGCGGUCAGGGCCCCGGACUGAACAGCCACGCACGGCACGUUCCCUGCGUUCCUGCGGCACAGCAGGUGAGAAUCGCCGGGCUGGAGCCCUGGUGUUGCUGCCAGGGUUUGACCAGUGCAUCCAGGUCGGCUCUGGGUCACUGCUUCUCGUCCCCGCUCAGUGACUGUGGUCGUCGGCUGCUGACAGAGGCGGGUAUAGCCUGCGGUUUUCUGCGUCACCUGUGCCCUGCGUAGACCUUAGGGGCGACUGCCUCACUGGGAUUAGUGCGAGGAGAGAAAUUACUGAGGGGCACGCGGACUCCCUGCUUUCCUUUGUAGAAGUUUCAGGUUCUUCAGGCUGAUGAGUGGCCCCUGUCCUUCCAGGUCUGAGAAAGUCACACGCCCGGUCCCACAGUGGAAGGGGCAGUGCCUCGGACUUGGAAAAAGUCAUGUUGUCACGCACAGUCAUGAGUUGGCAGUGUGUGUGUCCACCUUUUCUUUAGUAAGUAAGAAUUUUAGUCUGUGUAUUAUUAGAUGGGGAAUCUGAAGUUUCCAUUUAACAAUGUUUACUCGAAGGGGCGGCCUGACGUCCGUGCGGGCAGCAGUGGGAACACACCGUUGUGUGAGCACAACUCUCCGUCUGAGCCACCUGUCGUGGGCAAAGCUACUGCGGGAGCCUUCACCCAGAUGAAACGCGCUAGUGGUGUUCGUGGGAGAAGUCGCAUCGCUCACAGUCAUGGGACAGUGAUGUCACCGUGGAUUUCAGAGAAGGCAGGAGGGAGAGGUGAACAUUCUCGUUUGGUUGACUUCGUGUCUAGAAGCUGAUGAAGCUGAUGGUCACUGGAUUGAGAGAUGGUUCAGAAGGUGUUUGACAAUCAUGACACAUACAGUACACAGCAAAGUGCGACAAGGGAACGGCAGCGUGUGGCAGCAGGUAGAAAAAAAAGGAGAGUGACAACAAGGCACAGGAGAGACUGGACACAGGAGGAGAGAGAGACCCAAAGGUAAGACGCACAGUACAGCGCAGAGGAGAGAACGUUGGAAGUAGGACACAGGCUGGGAGGAGACAGGGACGAAAGGACAAAGACAGACUAGAGACACAGAGGGUGAAACAGACCACCUAGGAGAGGGGGGUGAACAUCAGGUGAGGGUGGGCAGGAGGACGGAGCGAGGAGACGGACGGAGGAGGCAGAUGAGUGUGGGGGGGGGGGAGACAGACACGACAGACGGGUGAGAGCUGUGGAAGGCUGGAGAGAGGAGGACAGACGGCAAAGGGAGUAGGAAAGGUCCCGCAGAGGCGGCAGAGGAAGACAGGCUGGGACAAGACAGGAGAAGGGUCAGAGGCAGACGGGACAGACACACGGGAGGCGGAAGGAGAGGAAGCAGGUGAGAGACGGGCCCCACGGAGGAGGGUGCACUGGAGAGACCAGAACUGGACGAGGGCGGAAGAGAAGAGGCCGGACGGAGCAGGGGCAGCGUGGGGCCCGGAAGGACAGGCGGACCCCGAGAGCAGUCACUCAGACAGGAUCCAGUCUUUAUUUGGCAGCUCAGCAGCGGUGGGGCGGCGUGUCCUCGAGGUGUCCCGGUCCCCGGCACGGCGGGGCUCUGCGCGCCCCCACCAGGGAGCCCCCGGCGCGGUCCGCCUCCCCCCGAGGAGCCCUGACGGGGGCACCUGUCCCAGCAGGCACAAGCCUGGAGGCACUCGGGACCUUCUUGUCAUCCUGGAGAUGGCCCGCCCCCUCACUCCACCCGCAUGCGCCUGUGCUACAGACCGGCCGAAGGGCACUCACCGGGAGCGGGGCUUCCGCGCUGUCCUGCAGGUCCCGGGGCUGCUGCUGUCCAGCUCGGCUGGGACUGCCCGCGGGGGAUCCGGACACGUGGCUGCUGUCACUGCUGGAGCGGGCCAGGACCCUCUGGGCCCUGCGCUGCAGGGGUGCCGAGCUGUCCUUGUCCCCGGCCGGCCGCCCGUGCCAGCUGCUCUCCAGCCUUUUGGCGCCUGUGGGGGAAGCAACGGGUGCGGGGCCGCUGAGCGCUGGGCCCAGCUGCUGGCAGCCUCUCCUCACAGCGCCGUCCACAGCCCGGCAGCGUGGGGUUCCGUGCGCAGUGGACUGUGGGACUUCAGUGUGGGAGUGUCGCCCCCCCAUUUCUAUGUGAGAGACGCAGCUGCACAUGCCAGCGUGACCACCGCGGCAGCCCGGUGUCCCAGUGGCGAAGAGGGCCGCCUGUACCAUGAGGCUGCCGAGCAGCCAUGACCAGUGGGACACUCAUUGCAGCCCCGGGGGCUGGACCGAGCUGUGUGCAUCUGGGUGACCGCACAGUGCCCAUGAUGGUCAUUCUGUCAGGUUCCUGGGGUACGAGGUGACUGAGUUUCCAAAGUCACAGCUUUCUGAGAAGACACGGAUGUCUGUGUGUGUGUGAAAUAAAAGCCGCGCACCCCUUACCUUCCA